AUGUGUUUUUCGCAGAGCGGCAGGUUGUCAGCACAAGCGGCAGACACGAUGAGAUCUAUCAAGUGCGUAGUUAUCGGGGACGGGGCAGUCGGUAAGACGUCGCUGCUGAUCUCCUACACGACCAACAGCUUCCCGCAGGACUAUAUCCCGACGGUGUUCGACAACUACUCGACGACGAUUGCGGUGCAGGACCCGGCGUCGUCGACGGGGGAGCAGCAGUUGUUCAAGCUGAACCUGUGGGACACGGCGGGGCAGGAGGAGUACGACCGGUUGCGGCCGCUGUCGUACCCGCAGACGGACAUCUUCCUCAUAUGCUUCAGCAUCAACGAGCCGGUGAGCUUCCAGAAUAUCCGGGACAAGUGGUUUCCGGAGAUCAAGCACAACACGAACUACGAGAACAUGGAGCUGUUCCUGGAGUGCGGCAAGUACCCGAUCCUGCUGGUGGGGACGAAAGCAGACCUGCGCGACGACGAUCACGAGGAGGACCGGCUGCGGGAAAUGAACACGGAUUUCGUGUCGCAGGCGGAGAUCGAGCGCGUGGUGCAGGAUUGCGGCUUUAUGGGGUAUGUGGAGUGUUCUGCGGCAACACAGGAGGGCGUGCGCGAGGUGUUUGAGCGCGCAGUGAAGUACGUGGUCUACGAGCCCGACCGGCUGAUGAACCGCAGCAAGAACAUGUCGAUCCUGGUAAACUCGCCGCUGCCGCUGGAUAGCUACGCGAACGAGGAUGCAAGCAACCCCAAGAACAAGGGCGGCGACCCGAGUGCGGGCAGCGGGCCACUGAAAAAGGCGGUUGGCGAUGACGGCGCGCACGGCAAAGAGCUUCGCGUUUCCGCGGACAAGCUCAAGAAAAAGAGGAGGAAGAGAUCUAGAUGUACGAUCCUUUAA